UGGAAAAGUGCCAUUGCAUUUGCAAGCCUGUCUAUCUCAGCACUUCGUCCUGGGUGACGGCGCUGUGCAACCAUUGCAGGUACCUAGCUGCUGCACGUCCCCAACAAGUGCCACGAUAAUAAUAUUGUUUGCUUACAAAGGGUAGCAUCAAGGAACAUUGAGCACAGAAGGUGACGGAAGAAUUUUGUUUUGGGCAGUACUCACCAUGGAGAACCUGAUGGAGGAGAUCACCAAUGUGAUGGAGUUUGAGGGGAUUGCAAAGAAGAAGUUGCCUAAGAUGGUUUUUGACUACUAUGCAUCUGGAGCGGAAGAUCAGUACACAUUGAAGCUCAACCGGUCUGCAUUUGAGGAGUUCAGGCUGAAGCCCCGCAUCAUGGUGGAUGUGAGCAAGCAGGACCUUAGCACCACAGUGCUGGGUCACCGGUUGAGCAUGCCCAUCAUGGUUGCACCUACGGCCAUGCAAAAGAUGGCGCAUCCAGAGGGUGAGCUUGCCACUGCACGUGCCGCUGCUGCAAUGGGAACAGCCAUGACGCUGUCAUCAUGGGCCACGUCCAGCGUGGAGGAGGUGAACUCGGUGGGGGCAGGGCUGCGCUUCUUCCAGCUCUAUGUGUACAAGAACCGUGCCGUGGUCGAGCAGCUGGUGCGCCGUGCUGAGCGGGCCGGGUUCAAGGCGAUUGCGCUCACUGUGGACACGCCCCGCCUGGGCAGGAGAGAAGCAGACAUCAAGAACAGGUUUGUCCUGCCCCCGGGCCUGACUCUGAAGAACUUCGAGGGUCUGGACUUGGGCAAGAUGGAUCAGACUGCCGACUCCGGCCUGGCCUCAUAUGUUGCGGGCCAGAUCGAUCGGUCCCUCACCUGGAAGGACAUCCAGUGGCUGCAGACCAUCACCAAGCUGCCCAUCUUCGUGAAGGGCGUCAUGAGCGCGGCAGACACCAAGCUGGCCGUCCGCCAUGGGGCGCAGGGCAUCAUCGUGUCCAACCACGGCGCGCGCCAGCUGGACUAUGUCUGCGCCACCAUUCAGGCGCUCGAGGAGGUGGUGAUUGCUGCGGAGGGCAAGAUUCCGGUGUUCCUUGACGGAGGCGUCCGGAGGGGCACGGACGUGUUGAAAGCCUUGGCCCUGGGGGCCCAGGGAGUCUUCAUUGGCCGCCCUGUCGUGUACGGGCUUGCCAGCGCGGGCGAGGCUGGCGUGAAGAAGGUGCUGCAGAUGCUCCGGGACGAGCUGGAGCUGGCCAUGGCCCUCGUGGGCUGCCCGAAUGUCAAGGACAUUAACCGGUCCAUCAUCGUUACCCCCCAGGAUACGAUCAGGGAAGCUCAGGCUGGCCAGGCCACAGCUCGCUUGUAAUCGAUUCCCAUAUUCCGUGUUGUUCAAGGUUUUGCCAAUUCGAAGCUUGUAAACAAUGGCAGGUGUUGAUGGGGGUAUUAGGACGCCCCUUUUGAGGGGAUGCUAUUGGACCAUUUUGCGAAGAACUCGGUACGAGGCAUUCAAUUGUGCUUCAAAUUGGAAAGAUGGAGCACCCGCUGAGCAGACUGUGGUCAAACUUCAGGCUAGCAUUUGUAUUUUUGUAGGAGGCAACGGUUCAUCUGCGAUAUGAUCGGCUGUUUUGGUGGGAACGUGCACGUGCCAUGCUUACCCAGGUCUGUGAUCAGCAGCCUGUGAUUUCCCACAUGGCUAAUUGCGGUAAGUUGGUACUUCACAGAGUAACCAAGUCCUGUCAAUUGAUCCAUGGAUACUGUUGCUGCGUGCAACACUGUCUAGCUAGCGCACUGCAGCAAGAGCUCACAAGCGAUGUAAGGGACACAUACAGUACCAGGCAGUUGCGUGUGGGCUCAGUAAAUGGUCGCGAGCAUUGGCUCCAUGCAUAUGCACCGAUAGCUUCCAUCUGCCUACUGACACCGAAGUGGCGGCGCAUGCAUAUCAAUUUCCGCAAU